AUCAUUGAGUAUAGGUCUCAACUCCAAAGGCAUAUCUAGGAUCAUGUGCCUAUAUAUUCUGUAUAAACCAUCCUGUAAAGUUGCAUCCUAGCAUCAUCUUUUACUCAUUGAAAUAUAUUCACGUAAAAAUGUAUUUUUCAUUCUGGAUUGCAUCUCUUAUUUUAACGUCUUUAACAUCUCCGGCUUUCUGCGCAACCCCUCCGAAGCCCGUCGAUGUGCCGUUUGGUCGAAACUACGCGCCGACAUGGGCUUUUGAUCAUAUCAAAUACUUCAAUGGAGGUUCUGAGAUUCAACUUCUUCUUGACAAGUACACUGGUACUGGUUUUCAAUCCAAAGGUUCAUAUUUGUUUGGUCAUUUCAGUAUGAACAUUAAGAUGGUUCCUGGUGAUUCAGCUGGAACAGUCACUGCUUUUUAUUUAUCAUCUCAAAAUGCGGAGCAUGAUGAAAUAGAUUUUGAAUUCUUGGGGAAUAGAACAGGAGAACCUUAUAUUUUACAAACAAAUGUGUUCACUGGUGGCCAAGGUGAUAGAGAACAAAGAAUCUUUCUCUGGUUUGAUCCUACAAAAGCUUACCACAGAUAUUCUGUUCUAUGGAACAUGUACCAAGUUGUGUUCUUUGUGGAUGAUAUUCCAAUAAGGGUAUUCAAGAACAGCAAAGAUUUGGGAGUGAAAUUCCCGUUUGACCAACCAAUGAAGAUAUACAACAGUUUAUGGAACGCAGAUGAUUGGGCAACAAGAGGUGGAUUAGAGAAAACAGAUUGGUCAAAAGCACCAUUCAUAGCAGGAUACAAAAGUUUCCAUGUUGAUGGAUGUGAAGCUUCUGUUAAUGCAAAAUUCUGUGCAACACAAGGAAAGAGAUGGUGGGAUCAAGCUGAGUUUCGUGAUCUUGAUGCUGCUCAAUGGAAAAGAAUAAAGUGGGUGCGUAAGAAAUUCACCAUUUACAAUUAUUGUACUGAUAGAAAACGUUUCCCUCAGAUACCUGCUGAAUGUAGAAGAAACCGUGACAUUUAAAUUUGUUUAUACAUUUGAUUGUAUUUAUUUGUAUCAUUAUUUAUUGUCACUGUAUGAUUUGUAUUUUUCAUAUCCUAUGUAAUAAUUCAAACUCAAGGAAUUGAGGUUGAAACCAGUGAAGUUUCUUUGUAUUUGUCGAACUAUAUUGAUUGGUCAUUUUUCAAUAAAAUAACAACAGUUUGCUACAUCCA